CAAAAUGCACCCGGGUGCAAACCUAAAUGUACUAAAAAAGAAGAAACUUCUCUUUCUUUCUAUACACAAUAAUGGCUGCCCUUUCUCAGCUGUUAGCUCAUAUCUACACCAUGACUCUAGUCUUCUUCACCAUUCUAAUCCUCGAACUCGUAAUCUUUGUACGCUCCAUAACCGACACAAUCUCCGAUUCCGGCCGCGGCCGCCCCAUCACCACCAAGCAAUACCUCAAACUCAUCGAUGAAAAAAACCCGGUCAGCCAGUUCAAAACCGCAUCAAUCAACCCGGCCGGUUUUCCCGAUACCUGUGCGGUUUGUUUAUCGGCAUUUGAAGACGGCGAACAAGUACGGAAGUUGAAAUGCAAGCAUAUAUUUCAUAAGGAUUGUUUGGACACGUGGCUCCAACAGGAUUCUGCCACGUGUCCACUCUGCCGGAAUAAGGUGCUGCCGGAGGAAAUUGUGGUUAAAUUCCGGCAGCACCGCAACCACCAGACGGAGUAUGAAGGGAGUGAUGAGGAGCUCAUUUUUUUGUUAUCUGCAUUACAUGGUAAUUAUAUUCGUAGAUUUUUGUAAAAUUAUUAGAAAAUUUUUGUAAUUUUUUUUUUUUUUUUGUAUAUAAAAAGAUUUAGAAUAUUAAAAAAAGAAAAUAAUU